UUUUGGACACACUUAUUCAGUUUCCGACAUUAUUGAUAAGAUGCGAAGUACUCCAUUUGUGUCUUCAAACACAUCUAUUAUGGGCUACAUUUUAAAAAUGCAAGAGCUUGCAUCACGUGCUGAUAUUGACGAGAAACAAAUUAUUCAAUUUAUCAUUGAUGGGUUCCAAGAUCGUUCCGCUAGCAUCGCCAUAUUGUACUCAGCACGCACAAUCGAUGAAUUAAAAAAACUGGCACACCGUUAUGCUCAACUACGAGGAUCAAAUUCAGCAGUUAACAGACCGAAAAAUUCCGCAUCAUAUUCAGCGCAAGUUGCUCAGCAUCAAAAUGAAUCGAAACCUAAAGUCAAGUUUUCCGUUGUUGACUCCGAAAAAAUGCUUGUUCAAUGCUACAAUUGCUCUGGCAUGGGACAUUUUUCCACUUCUUGUCCACAUCCCAAACGUCAAAAAGGAUCAUGCUUCAGAUGUGGUUCAACAGUUCAUAUUCUGAAGGAUUGCCCGAAGUUACCCCCCAAAAAUGCACGCACUAUUGCAUUGAUUGAAGAAUUCUGUUCCGGCCCUAAUCAAGACCAUUCUGAUGUGGAUGCCUUAUCCGAUGUCAAGAUUUGUAAAGAAGUAAAUUCUUCCGAUAAGUUUAAUUAAGCUUUCCGAGAUUCCGAUCGGAUUACAUUGCAAUAAGCUGAGACCAACUGGAUACUACGGAGUAGGUAGUUUACCUGUUAGUACAUAUGGAGUUUUUUACGUUAAAAUAGGAUUUAACGAUAUUUAUAAAAAAAUUGAAAUUUAUGUUGUUCCGGACUCUUGUAUUCCUUAUCCAGUUCUGUUGGGUCGGAAUUUUUUGCAAUCGUUUCAAAUCAAACUUUGUCUUAUUCCUAAUACUGUACCGAAACCGAAAAUUGAAAUUAAUGUAAAUUCAGAUUCAAAUAAA